AUGUGUCCGGCGCAUUCGCUCGCGCGACGGUCGGCCCUCUCGCACGCCGCGGUCGCUGCGGCCGCGUAUCUCCUCGGCCACAGAGCUGGCGCUCUUGAGUCGCAGCCACCAGCCGAGCCGGAUGACGACUCGGUGUGGCGUGAGGGCGAGUUCGAGGAGCACCGGGCACGGGAGGCGGCUGCAAAGGCAGCGCUGCUAGAGCACCUCCGGCACCGCUCCUACGUCAGGCUCGCGCCCAGCCGGGUGGCCGGCGUUGGUGUCGUCGCCCUCGUCGAUAUUCCGGCAGAGACGGACCCGUUUGUGCCUCCCAACGCGCACCUCUGCCGCGCUGAGCAGAGCAUCCCGCUCACGUCGGACGAGCUGCAGUCGCUGCCUCCGCCGGUGCUCGAGCACGUGCUCUCCUUCCACGAUUCGACUCCCGGCCGUGUGCCCGUCAACGCGUGCGGCACUGUCACGAUGGACGCCUCUUGGUGA